CUUGCCUGCAAAAAUGCUGUUUAGAGCAGCAGCUGACAUAAAAUUUUCUCUACAUCUUUCCUUUGCUGUGCACAUAAAUCAGAAGAAAUGUUGAAAUUUAAGAAACACGAUAAAAUAAAUAAAGACGAUUCACUGUCGGAAAAGAAGGAAGACAAUACUAAAUCCCGUAGUGCUCAACGUUCGCGUUCAAGAUCUCGUUCACCACCGUCGAAAUAUGGAGAACACCAAGACCGAUACACUGCUUCUUCGUCACGACACAGACGGGACUAUAGCCGAUCACCACCUCGAAGGAGACGAGAUCACAGCCAUUCACCAUCACGUAGAAAUGAUUAUGGACGUAAUGAAAGAAGAAGAAGGAGCCGUAGUCGAAGUCGGUCUCCUUAUGGUUCGUCACGCCGUCGAUCGCGCAGUCCGAGAGAGACAUCGGCAGCGGUAGCUCGUGAAACAGAUCAAAAUAAGGACGUUAAGAGAACGUUAAUCAAGAAGAAAAAGCCAAGCUACAAUUUAAUUGAAAUUGAAGUAAAUGAUCGUUUGGGCAAGAAGGCUCGUAUUAAAUGCUCGCCCAACGAUCUUGUGGGAGACUUCAAGAAGUUGGUAGCAGCACAAAUUGGCACAGACCCUAACAAAAUUGUAUUAAAGAAGUGGUAUAAAGAAUUCAAGGAUCACAUUACUUUGGCAGAUUAUGAAUUGCAUAAUGGUAUGAAUUUGGAAUUGUAUUAUCGGUAAAAUUACAAUAUAAUGCUACGGAUCGCAUACACAUCGAAAGAAUUUCAAUAAAAGGAGCUUCUGCUACUUCUUUGAUGCAUGAUAUCAUAAACCAGAACAACUUGCAAUGCCGUAUCAUUGCAUUCAUUCUUCA